AAAUAACCCACAACACCUCACCGCUCUGCCUCCUGUCCUCGAUCCACUCUCGACAACUGCAAAGACAGUUCUCACCCAGCUCAUCCCAUUCUCACCUCUCGUCGCCACCCGUUCUCGACAAAUCAGUCAUCAUGCGUGAGAUUGUCCACCUCCAGACCGGCCAAUGUGGUAACCAAAUCGGUGCCGCCUUCUGGCAGCAGAUUUCCGGCGAGCACGGUCUCGACGGCUCCGGUGUCUACAAUGGUACCUCUGAUCUCCAGCUCGAGCGCAUGAACGUCUACUUCAACGAGGCCACCGGCAAUAAGUUCGUUCCCCGUGCCGUCCUCGUCGAUUUGGAGCCCGGUACGAUGGACGCCGUCCGCGCUGGGCCUUUCGGCCAGCUUUUCCGUCCCGACAACUUCGUCUUCGGCCAGUCUGGUGCUGGUAACAACUGGGCAAAGGGUCACUACACUGAGGGUGCCGAGCUUGUCGACCAGGUACUCGAUGUUGUCCGCCGUGAGGCUGAGGGCUGCGACUGCCUUCAGGGUUUCCAGAUCACCCACUCCCUCGGUGGUGGAACUGGUGCCGGCAUGGGUACUCUCCUGAUCUCCAAGAUCCGCGAGGAGUUCCCCGACCGUAUGAUGGCCACGUUCUCCGUCGUGCCUUCCCCUAAGGUUUCCGACACCGUUGUUGAGCCCUACAACGCCACCCUCUCCAUCCAUCAGCUCGUUGAGAACUCUGAUGAGACCUUCUGCAUUGAUAACGAAGCUCUCUACGAUAUCUGCAUGAGGACCCUCAAGCUGAACAACCCCUCGUACGGCGACCUGAACCACCUCGUCUCCGCCGUCAUGUCGGGUGUCUCCACCUCUCUCCGUUUCCCUGGUCAGCUCAACUCUGAUCUGCGAAAGUUGGCGGUCAACAUGGUUCCUUUCCCCCGUCUCCACUUCUUCAUGGUCGGGUUCGCUCCUCUCACCAGCCGUGGCGCCUACUCUUUCCGCGCCGUCACCGUUCCCGAGCUCACCCAGCAGAUGUUCGACCCCAAGAACAUGAUGGCCGCAUCUGACUUCCGCAACGGUCGUUACCUGACCUGCUCUACCAUCUUCCGUGGUAAGGUCUCCAUGAAGGAGGUCGAGGACCAGAUGCGCAACGUCCAGAACAAGAACUCGUCGUACUUCGUCGAGUGGAUCCCCAACAACGUCCAGACCGCUCUCUGCUCCAUCCCCCCGCGCGGCCUCAAGAUGUCCUCGACCUUUGUCGGCAACUCGACCUCCAUCCAGGAGCUCUUCAAGCGUAUCGGUGACCAGUUCACUGCUAUGUUCAGGCGCAAGGCUUUCUUGCAUUGGUACACUGGCGAGGGUAUGGACGAGAUGGAGUUCACUGAGGCCGAGUCUAACAUGAAUGACUUGGUCUCCGAGUACCAGCAGUACCAGGAGGCCUCCAUCUCUGAGGGAGAGGAGGAGUAUGACGAGGAGGCCCCCGUUGAGGGCGAGGAGUAAGGUGGUCACCAAACAUGUGUCAAACUAACAGUGUGCUGAUUUUACUGAAGGUACGAGGGCUGAGUCUCUUGACUGAACCGAAACAGUUGGAGAGACAGGGAGCGACAUCUGUGUUGUUGUUCCAGUCAUGGCCAGCUGUGGAAAUGUCUGAGCGAACUUAGAGCGUAGAGCGAAAACCUCUUGUUAAUGCAAAUGAUUGCCUAAUCCAAUAAAUUUCUUCAAACAAGUCCAUUGUCGUGUCCUGGAGCGAAUCCAGUGAAAUAUGCAUAUAGAAA